UGUGCAAUGACGUGAUGAACUGGUAAUCCUACGCAGUUUUCUUCACAGAGAAUACUUCAGUAGGGAUCGACGCAGUAAUUUUGCAUUAGUUCUAUUAGAUUCCUUCUUGAUUUGAGAUAAGUUCAAUACAAGUGCUAACAUCAGUAAGUUUACGAUGGACGAAAGCGAGAAGUUAUCUAGAAGCGAAACAAUUCGCCUUCGGGAAAAAUUCAUCGCGCCAUCUUGCAAGCUGUUUUUCAAAGCUGACCCACUUAAAAUAGUUUCUGCAAAAGGUCAAUAUAUGUUCAAUGAGAAAGGAGAUAAAUACUUAGAUUGCAUCAAUAAUGUAACUCAUGUGGGACACAGUCAUCCAAAAAUUGCCGAGGUGGCAUUCAAACAGCUCAAAACAUUGAAUACAAACUCUAGGUUUCUUCAUGAUAAUCUUGUCUUAUAUGCAGAAAGGUUGACAAAUCUAUUACCUCCUCCACUCUGUGUGUGUUUUUUUGUUAAUUCUGGAUCAGAAGCUAAUGAUUUGGCUCUGCGGCUUGCUAGAACACAUACAAAGCGUAAAGAGGUAAUAGUAUUAGACCAUGCUUACCAUGGGCAUGUUAUAUCAUUAAUUGAUGUUAGCCCAUACAAGUUUGACCAUCCUGGAGGUGAAGGAAAGCCUGAUUGGGUUCAUGUUGCCCCAGUGCCAGAUGUCUAUGGUGGACAGUACAGAGAUGACAAACAUUCAGCCGAAGAACUUGUUCAGUUGUAUUCAGAUGAAGUUCAAAAACUGAUUGAUCUGUCUGCAGCAAAUGGCAAAGGAAUAAGCUGUUUUAUUGCUGAAUCAUUGCAAAGUUGUGGUGGUCAAAUAAUUUUACCUCCCGAUUAUCUUCGAAGAGUGUAUAAAAGCGUUAGGGAAGCUGGUGGUGUUUGCAUCGCCGACGAAGUCCAAGUUGGUUUCGGUAGAGUUGGAACCCACUGGUGGGCGUUCCAGUUGCAAGGAGAGGAUGUUAUACCUGAUAUUGUUACGUUGGGCAAACCGAUGGGAAAUGGACACCCGAUUGCUGCUGUCAUAACAACUAAGGAAAUAGCGGACAGCUUUGCCGCCACGGGAAUGGAGUACUUUAAUACCUACGGCGGUAAUCCUGUGAGUUGUGCCAUCGGUAAUGCCGUGUUGGAUAUUAUUGAAGAAGAGAAAUUACGUGAAAAUGCAAUAGUGGUCGGCAAUCAUUUACUUAGCGGCCUAAAGGAGUUGAAAGAGAAACAUUCCAUAAUAGGUGAUGUCAGAGGAGUUGGAAUGUUUAUUGGGAUUGAUCUGGUUAAAGACCGUGUGACCCGUGAGCCUGCAACAGUCGAGGCCCAACAUAUCAUUACCCGACUGAAACAACAACUCAUCCUUUUCAGUGCUGAUGGACCUAACCGAAACGUACUGAAAUUUAAACCCCCAAUGGUUCUUUCUCUGAAUGAUGCUGAUUACCUUCUGAGAACUCUGGAUUCUAUUCUUCAUGAAAUCAAAGAAACAAACUGAAAUAGUACAACUCCAUCUUUUAUAAAAAGCCUGUGCAACCGUUUUGGUAAUGGGAUAUUUUUUUUCUUGAAUUCAGAUAAUUAUAUAGCAGUUAUAAUAUAAUUUAGAUUGGUUUUUGUUGAAUACACGUUACACUCAAAAGUAAA